AGUGCGGCCGCCGAGCACGCGCUGGCGGACUAGAGACCAACGAGGCGAGCGGCUGGCGUGGGCCCCUGGUGGGCGGGCGGUGCAGCCCCUAGCUCUAGACCUGGCCCUGAGGACCAGGAGUUCGAGUCCCGCUCCUGCCGAGGGAGGAGCCAGGAGGGUGAGCGGAAACACUUGGCCUCGCGGAGUCGGACCUGCUCUCAGAGCACCUUGAGUGUGAUACGCUCGUGCCGAAGAGGCCCUUGUGGAGCCCCCAAUCCAGGCGGCAGACAGCCCAGACAAUGAGUGAGAAGCUGGACAACGAAGUAAAGGCCCAGAGCCCAUGGAGGACUGCGGACAGGAGAGCAGCAGUGCCAUGGACAACCCUGCAAGCCCAGCACCCCAGGAUGAAGAACAGGGGCCUGGAACCGCUGCAGGGCUGGGGCCCCAGCCUGGGCUCUACAACUACAUCAGGAGCGACCUGUUCACAUCAGAGAUCUUCAAGCUGGAGCUGCAGAACGUACCUCGCCAUGUCAGCUUCAGCGACAUCCGCCGCUUUCUGGGCCGCUUUGGCCUGCAACCUCACAAAACCAAACUCUUCGGGCAACCACCUUGUGCCUUUGUGACAUUCCGCAGUGCUGCUGAGCGGGAUAAGGCUCUGCGAGUGCUGCAUGGCGCUCUCUGGAAAGGCCGCUCACUCAGUGUGCGCCUUGCCCGGCCCAAGGCUGACCCCAUGGCCAAGAAGAGGCAGCAGGAGGGUGAGGGUGAGCUCCCUGCAGCACGAGUUGCAGACGUGGUGACCCCGCUUUGGACAGUGCCCUAUGCUGAGCAGCUGGAGCGCAAGCGGCUGGAGUGUGAGCAGGUGCUACAGAGGCUGGCCAAGGAAAUCGGAAGCACUAACCGCGCCUUGCUGCCCUGGCUGCUGGAACAGAGGCACAAACACAACAAAGCCUGCUGCCCACUGGAGGGGGUCAGGCCAUCACCCCAGCAGACUGAGUAUCGUAAUAAGUGUGAGUUUCUGGUCGGAGUCGGAGUGGAUGGAAAGGACAACACUGUUGGCUGCCGGCUUGGCAAGUACAAAGGUGGGACAUGUACUGUGGCAGCCCCCUUUGACACUGUGCAUAUCCCCGAGGCCACCAAGCAGGUGGUGAAAGCCUUCCAGGAGUUCAUCAGGUCCACCCCAUACUCGGCAUAUGACCCUGAGACAUACGAGGGCCACUGGAAGCAGCUGACUGUGCGCACCAGCCGCCGUGGCCAAGCCAUGGCCAUCGCCUACUUCCACCCCCAGAAACUGAGUCCUGAAGAGCUGGCGGAUCUGAAAUCCUCUCUGGUGAAGCACUUCAUGGAGGGACCAGGCAAGGCUAGCGGGGUGACCUGCCUCUACUUUGUGGAAGAGGGACAGCGAAAGACUCCCAGCCAGGAGGGCCUACCCCUGGAGCAUGUGGCUGGAGACCGGUGCAUCCAGGAGGACCUGCUUGGGCUGACCUUCCGCAUCUCCCCUCAUGCCUUCUUCCAGGUAAACACACCCGCGGCCGAGGUGCUGUACACAGUCAUUCAGGACUGGGCCCAGCUGGACGGGGGAAAUACGGUGCUGGAUGUGUGCUGUGGCACUGGCACCAUUGGCCUGGCCCUGGCCCAGAAGGUGAAGAGAGUAGUUGGGAUUGAGCUGUGCCAGGAGGCCGUGGAGGAUGCCCGAGUGAAUGCCAAGACCAAUGAGCUAAGCAAUGUUGAAUUCCACUGUGGGAGGGCUGAAGACCUUGUGCCGGCCCUGGUGAACAGACUGGCCUCCCAACAACUCGUGGCCAUCCUGGACCCACCCCGAGCUGGCUUGCAUUCCAAGGUGAUUCUGGCCGUUCGUAGAGCUGAGAACCUUAAGAGGCUCCUGUAUGUCUCAUGCAACCCUCGAGCAGCCAUGAGCAAUUUUGUGGAUCUCUGCAGGGCCCCAUCUAAUCGGGUGAAAGGCACUCCCUUCCGACCAGUCAAGGCUGUGGCUGUGGACCUGUUUCCACAGACCCCACACUGUGAGAUGCUCAUCCUGUUUGAGAGGAUGGGACACCCCAAUGGCACAGGAGCCCUAGAGCACCAAGACUCUCCAGCCAAGCCUCCUCUGGGGCCCCCGGAUGACAUUCUGCUGGACACUGAGGUCUCCCUCCUGUCCUAGGAUUUGGGAGCUAUAAAAGCCAGCUCUUCCAGAGCAGGGCCCAUUAUGGGGGCAGAAGCUGGGAGUCUCACAGCUCCACUGACCCCCAGCUGCUCAGGUGUGCAGUCACAGGCACACGGCCUAGCUGCCUGUAAGAUGAGUUGGCCCACUGCUAUGGUCUGUGGCUUGAAGGCAGGUAGACUCCCGGGUCCUGUCCAUCCCCUACCCCAAGUCCCUUCUGGAACACAGGGUGUAAGGGCUGAAAUAAACAACUGCUUAAUCAAGGAUGUCUCUGUGAUU